AGUAGAGUUUCAGCGUCUGUAAGGCUUGGCGUUUCCUCUGUCUUCCCGAUUCCUACCUGUCUUCAAUCCUCAGUAUUUCAACGCUAAGUUUAAGAAACUGAGAGACUCACAUCUUCGGUUCAUUUCUAUUCCUAACGGUUUCCUUUCCCAGUAAAGCAACUGCUGGACAGACUUCCGUUUCCGGUUGGCUCUUAGCCUUGGAAACGAGCAGACAACAAUUUUGGUGGUUAUGGCGGGAAUGAAUAACUCACAAAUUCCGGACGGAGAGUUCACCGCGGUGGUGUACCGACUCAUCCGCGAUUCUCACUUCUCCGAAGCGGUGCAGGUGCUGGCCGCUGAGCUGCAGCGGAGCCCGAAGAGCCGCGCCGGCCUGUCGCUGCUGGGCUACUGCUACUACCGCCUGCAGGAAUUCCUGCUGGCCGCAGAGUGCUAUGAGCAGCUGAGCCAGCUGCACCCAGAACUCGAGCAGUACCGCCUCUACCAGGCCCAGGCUCUGUACAAGGCCUGCCUCUAUCCAGAGGCCACUCGGGUCACCUUCCUCCUCCUGGACAACCCGGCCUAUCACAGCCAGGUCCUCCGCCUGCAAGCUGCUAUCAAGUACAGUGAGGGCGAUCUGCCAGGGGCCAGGAGCCUAGUAGAGCAGUUGCUGAGUGGGGAAGCAGGAGAAGAGAGUGGGGGAGAGAAUGACCGCGAUGGCCAGAUCAACCUGGGUUGUUUGCUGUACAGGGAGGGCCACUACGAAGCUGCGUGUUCUAAGUUCCUUGGGGCCCUGCAGGCUUCAGGGUACCAGCCAGACCUUUCCUACAACUUGGCGCUGGCUUAUUAUAACAAUGGGCACUAUGGCCAGGCUCAGAAGCAUAUCUCCGACAUUAUUGAGCGUGGCAUCCGUCAGCACCCUGAGCUCGGCGUGGGCAUGACCACUGAGGGCAUAGAUGCUCGCAGUGUUGGCAACACCUCAGUCCUCCACCAGACUGCCCUGGUGGAAGCCUUCAACCUCAAGGCAGCCAUAGAGUACCAGCUGAAAAACUACGAGGCGGCUCAGGAAGCCCUCACUGACAUGCCACCUAGGGCAGAGGAAGAGUUGGACCCUGUGACCCUGCACAACCAGGCACUCAUGAACAUGGAUACCAGGCCUACAGAAGGACUUGAAAAGCUACAGUUCUUGCUCCAACAGAACCCCUUCCCUCCAGAGACUUUUGGCAACCUCUUGCUGCUGUAUUUCCUCACACCCUAUCUCUAUGAAUUCCUGGAUGCCAUGAUCACUUGCCAGACGGCUCCAGAAGAGGCCUUCAUAAAGCUCGAUGGACUAGCAGGGAAGCUGACUGAGCAGCUCCGGAAACUCACCAAGCAAGUACAGGAAGCAAGACACAGUAGAGCUGAUGAUACUGUCAUAAAGGCAUUGAAUGAGUAUGACGAAACUCUUGAGAAAUAUAUUCCCGUGUUGAUGUCCCAAGCAAAAAUCUACUGGAAUCGUGAAAAUUAUCCAAUGGUGGAAAAGAUCUUCCGCAAAUCUGUGGAAUUCUGUAAUGACCACGAUGUGUGGAGGCUGAAUGUAGCUCAUGUUCUGUUCAUGCAGGAAAACAAAUACAGGGAAGCCAUUGGUUUCUAUGAACCCAUAGUCAAGAAGCAUUACGAUAACAUCUUGAAUGUCAGUGCCAUUGUAUUAGCUAACCUCUGUGUUUCCUAUGUCAUGACCAGUCAAAAUGAAGAAGCUGAGGAGUUGAUGAGGAAGAUUGAAAAGGAGGAAGAGCAGCUGUCGUAUGUUGACCCAGAUAAGAAAAUCUACCAUCUCUGCAUUGUGAAUCUGGUGAUAGGAACGCUCUAUUGUGCUAAAGGAAAUUACGACUUUGGCAUUUCUCGGGUUAUGAAAAGCUUGGAACCUUACAAUAAAAAACUGGGAACUGAUACCUGGUACUAUGCCAAAAGAUGCUUCCUUUCCUUAUUAGAAAACAUGUCAAAGCACAUGAUAGUGCUUCGUGAUAGUGUUAUUCAGGAGUGUGUGCACUUUCUGGAACACUGUGAACUUCAUGGCAGAGAUAUACCUGCUGUUAUAGAGCAACCGCUUGAAGAAGAAAGGAUGCAUAUUGGGAAGAACACAGUCACUUAUGAGUCCAGGCAGUUGAAAGCUUUGAUUUAUGAGAUUAUUGGAUGGAACACAUAAUGAUGUCUGUUAAUGACUUUAAUUAUAAUGUAAAUUUUUUAAUUUGUUAAGUAAAUUUUACAGUUUUAUUUGUAUUUAGCCUUUGGCAUCUCUAUAACUGUUACAUGUUGAACUUUGUAUGUUUCAGCAUUAUAAUAAAAAUAGAUAAAACUUGUUUUGAAAUUACCCCAAAUAUUAAAUAACUUUGUCCCAAAAAAGAGUUGUGAAAAGAUCAAAACUGAUGAAAGAUGUUUUGUCUGUUAGAACUUGUGACACCUAUUUGUCUUUUUUAAAUUUGGUGCUUUGAUGUUUCGUGAGGGUUCCUGCACAGGGAGGAGACACUAACUCCAAAACUCAGAAGUAAUUCAUGUAUUGGAUGUGUAGGCUUUUAAUAGUCAUUUCAGGGAUUGUUUGUUUCAUAACUUAUCCUCAUAAUUGUAUUAAUGUAGAAUGCACAGUUUUACAUAGUAUUUAAGGUAUACUGAUAGU